AUGAAUAUAGCAUAUAAUAGAUUGAUUUCGGCAUUACGUACUAACUAUUAUAUUCAGUCAGUACCUGGCUCACGCCGUUACAAAACAUACAAUGGAGUCUAUACGAAAGAAAAUGAAACUGUUGCGUUUGUAUGUGAUUGUCGAUUAGAAGGUCAUCAAUGUUUUUAUCAAGCUGGUAGUUUUUAUAAUUGGACAAUUCCACAAUUAGGCAAACCAGCAAAAUCGAUUCCACCACCUCGCUUUCAGAUUCCAGGCCUGAUGGCUGGUUGUCUGCCGCUUGAAUCGAUUCGUCAAUCAACAUUAGAAUGUUUGUAUAAUCAAUCAUGUGUCAACUCAUUGAUUCUUCAACCUAAAUUAUCUUCACCGAAAGCUCUGAAUAUUUCUUUAUCACGAUUUCCGUUGACUAAAACAAUCGGCUCAAUGUUUGACGAAUCACUUUUUGUCGAGUCUUGGUUUAAUACAUCCAAUUUCAGUCAAUAUUUUGCUACUUGUGCACCUCAAUCAUUAUCAUAUAGUUACAAAGGUCGAUUUCAUUUAGUUUUCAUGUUUACUAUAUGUAUUGGUGCAUUUGGUGGAUUAUUUAUCAUUUGGGAAGUUAUUACACCCGUUUUGGUGAAAUUUUGGAGUCGAAUAAAGUCCAAAAGACAACAAAAUCAAUCGGCUACUCAAUCAAAACAAACGGAUAUUGAACGAAAUACUCAAAACACAGAUAGUGUUGCUCAACAUCAUCAAACAGAGCAUAAAUUUAACUUAUUUUCAUCUGAUAAUGAAAACAAUAAUAAGGAAGAUCGUGUAGAAACUAUUCAUACACGUCUCUAUAUAUCAUUUUUAUUGAUUGGUCUUCUUAUUGUUGCUUUAUAUUUUUCUUUCGUGAAACCUACACAAACAUUUACAAUUUUAUUUCCAACUCUGGAGGAAUUUAAACAAUUGAAAUCGCUUCAUUCAUCCAAUCUGAUUUGUCCUUGUUCUCGUUUAUCAACUCCCUAUGCUCAGAUUACAUCUGUGUCUCCUCAGUAUCAUCAAGUAUGUUCUAGUGAAUUUCUUCAAAAGCUUUGGCUAUCAUACUUUGGACGUGUAGAAUUGAAUAUAGAAGACGUUAAUUUUAUCACACCUGAUUUUCGGGUUAGUGGUCAAUCAUUUUUCGAUUUUAUUCGUAGUUUUUGUCAAACAGCACAAGACACUGUUGAAAAUGCACUUCAUGUAUUUAACUCAACUCGAUUAAUUACUGUUGAUGCUCUUUCACCUGAACAAUUUAACAAUCAAACAACGCAACUAUUAAAAAGAUUUCAACAACAGACUAUUGCUUCAUUUCUUAACCUUAUUAGUCUAGUUCGUUCAUCUAUACAAAAUAAUCAAUUAAUCAGUGAAAUGUGGACUAAUGUUGGGCCAAGAUCAGUGUUUAAUAGUGAAACAUCAAAUUGGUCGAUUCGUUUUGCACCUCGAAAUUUUUUUACUAAUUCUUGCUCAUGUGGUUUAAGUAAUCAAUGUAGUCGCCCUGUAGGAUUUUAUUUACAAUCGGAUAAAAUACAUUCUUCACCAAACACUACUGUGCCUGGUCUAGUUAUUGGUUGUUUUCCAAUUGAUUCCGUUCUUUUAUCUACUCUUGAAUGUUUUUAUGACCAGCAAUGUAUAAAACUCAUCGUUGAUAUGUAUGAUUUUGAUGUAGUCGAUAUGGUUCAACCAUUGGACCAUCGUGUUGCUAAUAUUCAACCACUUCAUAAAGAGCAGAAUAGUCGUUUUCCUCCCAAUACUACGCUGGAAUCAAUUUUUUCGCAAUUAUUUAUAGAAGAUUGGAUGCAAAAUAGUAAUUUCACAGCCUACUAUACACAUUGUGCACCCAAACAAUGUUCUCAUAGUAUACGACAGCGUCAUAAUAUACUUUUUAUUUUGGUAAUAUUGCUUGGUUUCUAUGGUGGACUAAGUGCAAUUUUAGAAGUUAUUUUACCAUACAUUGUUAAGAAAGCAAGACGGCGGACAGUAAAACGACAAGACGAGCAAGAAAAUUCAACUUCUAAUAAUCUAGCAUCAAGUAAGAAAGUUUCUGCUUAA